AUGGCGGCGCCCAUCGGGCGGUGCCGUACAGGCGGAGCGGGGACGCGGGGACAGCGCCCGGUGGGACGGACCCCGCUCCCCGCUCCCCGCACCGGCUCCCACCGACCGCGGCUCCUCCCUGGUCCUGGCGAGGCCCCCGAGUGCCCCCACACCCCGAGGCUGCGGGGGAAGAGCAGCCGCCGUUCCCAGCGGAACGCACCCUCUGUGUCCCCCCCGGUCACCCCGAGCUCUGUGUCCCCCCCGGUCACCCUGACUGUCCCCCCGGUCACCCCGGGCCGGUCCCCACCGGGCCAGCCGGACCCCGCCGAGCCCGCGGGUGCCGGGAGGCACCGGGGGUGGGUGAGGGACCCCGAGAGGCUCCCAGAGCCGCGCAGAGCCUCGGCCGAGCCGCCGCGGCACCGCGAGCAGCGCCGGGGGAAGGAGGCGGCGGCCCCGGAGCGCGGCCCGGCAGCGCCGCGGUCAAAAUAA